AUGUCUCAAGCCAAGAAGAUGUCCGAGGAUAUCGAAUUCAGCAGCUGGAUUAGACUCAACGGAGAGUGGCAAAAGUGUGGAUACUUCAGCUGGUCAUGGUCAAAUGUUCAGCUGGCUAUGGAUAACUUUCAGCUGGCUGUGGACAAUGAUGUUUGCCACGAAGCAACAUCAAUAUUUUCGUCUAAUUUGAAGCCGCCAAACUACGAAUACUGGAUCAAGAAUGUCACGCUCAGGCUAAUUGAAGGCUUCUUGCGCUGGUAUCUCAAUACCCAUAAUGUGAAGUAUCAGUCUGGAUACUUGGUCUUCGCCCGAUACUUCAGGAUCUUCUGGUGCGAAGAGAUGGACAGUCUCUUCCCUUACGACCUCAGACGCAGGAUGACAAGGGCAUGUUACUACCCAUCACUGGUAUGCACAACGCUUACUGAUGAGUACGAACUUGAUAUGGGGGCAAAGACGCAGCCGCCUAUUAAUAUUGACGAUCUCCUGUACAAAACGUAUCAUAUCAUGGCACACACAAAGGUGCAUUUCGCGACUGUUCGGUGUCGACAUCAGCACAGUUGCCUCAGGAAGAUGAUGUCGUCGACAUCCGCACGGCCCGGAACAUUAGUUGAGUCUCCCGGUUACAUGAGGAGUAACGACUUUUUAAAAUGGAAGGAUAUCGAGCUUUACAUGGUGAAGCACCCAGAAAAUCCAGCAUGUCAGACUCUGCUUAUGAGGGUUCGGCACCGGCUUAACAAAGGCAAAAGAAACAAAGGUGUGGCCCCAGUUUUCACUUAUACUGAAAGGAAUGACAACUUAGGUCUAUGUGUCAUUCAAGACAUAUUAGAAUUUGCCAUUCGCGAUGGUGCAUUUGCUAGUGAAUAUAUUCAAAAGCCGAGGGAUAUCUGGCGCUACACCGAUGUACCGAACGACCGACUCAGCACUCCUAUUCAUUUUAAGGAGGAAGUCCAAGAGAUUCCAGUAUUCCGCCGCGCAGUGAAAGUUCCGGAAGGAAGGUGGAUCACUCAUCCCACACGCGCCUUAACGUACAAAAAGGCCCAGGAAGACGAAAUUGCGACGAGCAGGUCAGACGGGUCCAAGGAACUCGGUUCUUUAUAUAAGUAUCGCAAAGGGGCUGCUGCGAAACUUAGUAUUAAUGUCUGUGAAGGGCACCUAGAUGAGCACACCAGAAAUAUUAUCAUGGGUCAUAGCCGGAGUCACACGUUCGCAUACUAUGUUCAGGUCCAGGACGAUACCCAAUCCGCCUUCAUGGGUACCCCUAAUAGAGAUGCUUUGAUUAAGCUGGCAACAAACUCAAGUUUGACCCGAGAUGCGUCUGUGCCGCAACGUUUGAGCGAUGAGAAGAAAGAAGAAAUCGAGCAACUCACUGAGCUCAGUGAUCUAAAGCGCAAGCGUGAUCAACUCCGCCGCCAUUUGAUUGCACAAUAUCAACGGCUGCACAGGGCUCGAGGGACUGCUCUAUACUCUGAAUUUGAAAGAGCACAGAAACGGCCAAAGAUGAGCAGUAUGGAAAUUUCUUCAAGCAUGUCGGAAACCGCAUCGUCGAGGGAAACUACCAGGGGAAACCGCUUACCUUCGAGCCCGACGAGAAAAGCUCUCGCUGACCUUGAGUUCAAGAAUCGGGACGUGGAUAAGAUCAGUGACACUGAGCUGCUUGAGGAUCGUAUCCGAUCUCUUGAGAUGCGGCUGGCUCUCUAUGACUUGGAGGUACCCAAAGAACUGCAGAAACAGAUCAAUUUCCGUGAACCUUCACCCGAAAUGGCAAGCUGCCCGGAAAUAUCGGAUACCCUCCCACUUGAGAGCAAAAGUGGGCUUGAGUGCCCGGUAUGCCUAGGUCGUCCUGGCCUGCAUCCUCGCGCAAGACGAUACACCUACGCCCGUAAAGAUACGUUGCAGAGGCACUUCGAAACGCAUAAUCUGAAACAAAAAUUUCCAAAGGGGCGUCUGUGUGACUAUCCUGGUUGCGAGGAGCUCUUCUACACCCUUUCCAAGUAUAAACUUCAUUUGCAUACGGUACACAAGAUUACUCUAUAGGAUUCCAUCAUGACGAAACA